AUGGGUUGUUUACAAACAAAAUAGCAUGCAAGAAUAGUACCAAUGCAAACUAGUCAUAAUGAUUCAGUAUUUACAUCAACCACAGACAUCCAUUCUAUUUACAAUUUUGGUAAAGUACUUGGAAUAGGUUCUUUUGGCAAGGUUGUUUAAGCAACAAUGAAAAAUAAUUCAAAGAAACAAUAUGCCAUAAAGAUUAUAGACAAAAACAAUCUUCAUGGAAAAGAAGCAUAAUUGGCUAAUGAAAUAUAUACUCUAAAAAAAUUGGAUCACCCAAAUAUAAUUAAGUUUUACGAAGUCUAUCAAAGUGAAAUAUAUAUUUAUAUAUGUAUGGAAUUCUGUGAAGGAGGAGAGUUAGUAGAAAGAAUUGCAAAACAACAAAUAAAUUUAACUGAACACUAAGUAUAAAGAAUAAUAUCUAAAGUAUUCAUUAUUCAUUAUUUAGUUAUGUUCAGCUGUUGUCUAUAUUCAUGAAAAAGGAAUAGUGCAUAGAGAUAUUAAAGCGGAGAACAUUUUAUUUACUGAAUAAAGUUUGUAUUCUGAGCCUAAAUUAAUUGAUUUUGGGUUUGCAAACAAAUUUGAUAUAAUACAUAGAAGAAGGAAAUUAAAAACUUUUAUAGGUACACCUCUGUAUAUGCCACCUGAAGUUAUAGAAGGAGAUUACGAUGAAAAAUGUGAUAUUUGGAGUUUAGGUGUCCUUCUUUAUAGUCUUUUAUGUGGAUCUCCUCCUUUUCUGGGAUAAUCAAAAGAGAAACUAUUUCUUAAUAUACGUAGUAAAGAUGUUAAAUUUGAAUCUAAAGUUUGGAAUACUAUAUCAGAAGAAGCUAAAGAUUUACUAAAUUAAAUGCUUUCUAAAGAUCCUUAAUCAAGACUUUCAGCAAAAGAGUGUUUAGAUCAUCCUUGGUUUUAAACUAAAUAGAAUCCCUCUUUAUAACUCAAUAAUAAAAUGAAUGUUGCUUAAAUGUAAUAAGAUCGUACUAUUUAUUAAAUGCUAAAAACUUAUAGAGGAGGAGCUAAAUUCAAAAAGGAAGUUACAAAGGUACUCAUCAAUUAAAUGAAUGAAUCUGAAUUAUAACAUUUAAAAUAGAUUUUUUCUAAAAUUGAUGUUGAUAACUCAGGGACCAUAACUGUUGAAGAACUUAAAGCAGCCCUUAUUAAAGAAGGAUCAAUUGUUACACAUUGGGAAAUUGAACAAUUGAUUUAAACUAUCGUCUUAGAAGAAGAUGAAGGUAUCUAACUUAUGGGAGAAUAGGAAGGAACUCAAUUUGUAGAAACUAAAUCACCUUAACCAUUGAUGAUUAAAUAUACUGAUUUUUUGGCUGCUUGUAUAGAUCAAAGAAAACUUUUUACUAGAGAGAGAGUAUAUAUCUAAUCUAUUAAAAUUAGUUAUGGUCUUUGUUUAAGUAUUUCGACACUCUAAACGUUGGCUAUAUUUAAAAAGAUGAUAUUAGAGAAGCACUAGCUAGACAUGGAAGAUAAAUUUCGGAAAGCAAUCUCAAUGAUAUGCUCAAUGAAAUCAAACCUAAUAAUAAUAAUUAGAUCUCUUUUGAUGAAUUUUGUUAAAUGAUGUGUGAUUAAGGAAUCGAUAAGACCAUGAAUAUUAAAGAUGAGUUCAAAGAACCUCCAUCAAGAGUAGAUUGA